AUGUUUUUUCCUGCUUUUUUUCAUGUUUCUUUCGCGUUUAUUGAAAAAUCAACAGCCGGAAAGAAACUUUUAUUAAUUGAUACGAUAUCGACACUGUUCAUUAUAUUGAUGACGUCUAGUAUAGUGAAUGGUUCACCAAGAGAAGAAAAUCGCGAUGUCAUUAAUUUGAUUGGAGAUUUUAUAGCGAAAUUGAAUGAACCAGCGAAAGUUACUGCUUUUAUUUGCUGGUCUAGAGACGAAACGUUAUUAUUUUCAAAAACAUUAUCAUUCAACAAUAUUCCUUGGAAAAUUGGUGGAAAUUAUAUCGAUGUAAAUGGUUUUUCACCACCGGAGCAUCAGUUUUUCCUAAUGGACGCUGAUUGUGAUCAUUCUAAGCACGUUUUAGGAAAGGCAAAUGGUCUGAAACUAUUUCAGCGGCCAUUCAAAUGGAUCAUUUGGGGUCGUAACGACGAAAGCGAUUUCGAAAAUUACGAUUUCAGAUUGGACAGUCGAAUUUUUUUUAUAGAAAAAGUUGCCGGAAUCUACGGCAUAAAAUUAUGGUAUAAAUUAACCGAAGGCGGCGUUUUAAAAAACGAUUUGGCAACGUGGCUACCGUCCCGAAAAUUUUUGACUUUCGAUCGAUUUUCUUUUUAUAAGAAUCGAUCGAAUCUGAUGGGAAAAAAUUUGACAGCCGCAUUCGUUAUCACCGAUAUUGACACUUAUCAACAUUUGGAAGAUUACAGGCAUACCCACAUAGACGCUCUAUCUAAACACAACUGGCACUUGAUGAAAGUCCUAUCGUCAAUUCUCAACGCGAAAUUCGUAAAUAUUUUCGAAAACACUUGGGGAUAUCGCGAAAAAAACAGCACCUCGUUUUCAGGAAUGAUCGGAGAUUUGCAAACGAAUAAAGCCGAUAUAGGAGGUGGCGGGGCGUUUAUAACAGAAGAGAGGUUAGACGUCGUCGAUUACGUCUCGCCGUGCGUCAGAGUUUCGUUGAAAUUCAUCUUCAGAGCGCCCCCGCUCACGUCGGUGUCCAAUUUAUUCACUUUACCUUUUAGUUCGUCGGUUUGGUACGCCUGCUUCGCUCUAGUCCCGAUUAUUUUGAUUAUAAUAUACGUGAUAGUGAAAUGGGAGUCGAAGGAUGCGGUUUUCCAAAAGGAAGCGAAGGAUAAUAACGUAGCGCCCUUGAGGGCGGCGUGUUCGGACGUUUUAGUUAUGGAAUUGGGGGCUGUAACCCAACAGGGGGCCGAAUCGGAGCCGAAGAGCAACGCCGGACGUAUUGCCACCAUUUUUCUUUUUAUCGCUUUCAUGUUUUUGUUUAAUUCGUACGCGGCUAAUAUCGUCGCCAUUUUGCAAAGUACUACGGACAGUAUAAAGAGUUUGGAGGAUCUGUUGAAUAGUAGGAUGGAGUGCGGGGUGGAGGACAUACCCUACGGACAUCAGUUUUUCGAGAAAGCACAAGAUCCAAUCAGGAAAGCGAUCUACGAACAAAAAGUAGCCCCGAAAGGACAAAAACCGAAUUUCCUAAACAUAUACGAGGGCGUUAGAAAAGUACAACAAGGUUUCUUCGCCUUCCACGUCGACGUCCUCACAGGAUACACAGUAAUCAAAAAUCUAUUUCGAGAAUACGAAAAAUGUACACUGAAAGAACUGAUUUACAUCAGACAUACCGAACCUUGGAUACCAAUAAAGAAAAACUCGCCGUACAAGGAAUUGAUUGCGGUCGGGUUGAUAAGGAUAAUAGAAACGGGAGUUCAAGGACGACAUACCCAUCGGAUUUACACGAAGAAACCGGUUUGCAAUAGCGGCGCUAGCAAUUUUAUGAGCGUCGGCAUCAUGGAUAUUUACGCGGCUUUUCUGGUGUUCGGAAUUGGGGCCGUUGUUGCCGUCGUUGUAUUUUUUUUUGAAAUUUCGGUAUGCCCGAAAUUCGGGUGUACCUUUGAAAAUUGA